GCCCGCGUGACGUCAUCGUCGCCCGAGGAACCCGGCGCUUUAGUGGUUGUGUGUAGCGGGUCCGUGUGGUUUGUUACCCCCUCGGCGCCUCUCGGUAAAACAAAACCUCAAAAAUACUCCCCUUAAAAAAAACACAAAAAAAAUAUCUGAACGUUUAAAGAAACAUUUUCUUUUUUUGUUUUACAUUUCUUCAAACCUAAGCUUAACAACAACAACAAAAAUUUGCUCUACAAAGAUGCCCAAGAAGAAGCCAGAACCCUUGCAAAUCACCCACACGGUCGGGGACUGCGCUCCAAUGGGAAACCCCACCACGUCCACUGAGGCCAACCUGGAGGAACUGCAGAAGAAGCUGGAGGAGCUGGAGCUGGACGAGCAGCAGAAGAAGCGUCUGGAGGCGUUCCUCACGCAGAAGCAAAAGGUGGGGGAGCUCAAGGACGACGACUUUGAGAAGCUGAGCGAGCUGGGCGCCGGCAAUGGCGGCGUCGUCACGAAGGUCCUGCACAAGCCCUCGGCGCUCAUCAUGGCUCGCAAGCUCAUCCACUUGGAGAUCAAGCCGGCGAUCCGAAACCAGAUAAUCCGCGAGCUGCAGGUGCUGCACGAGUGCAACUCCCCGUACAUCGUGGGCUUCUACGGGGCCUUCUACAGCGACGGGGAGAUCAGCAUCUGCAUGGAGCACAUGGACGGUGGCUCCCUGGACCUUGUGCUCAAGAAGGCCGGGCGCAUCCCGGAAGAGAUCCUGGGCAAGGUCAGCAUCGCGGUUAUCAAAGGACUGGCGUACCUGCGAGAGAAACAUCAGAUCAUGCAUAGAGACGUGAAGCCAUCGAACAUCCUGGUGAACUCGCGCGGGGAGAUCAAGCUGUGCGACUUUGGCGUGAGUGGGCAGCUCAUCGACUCCAUGGCCAACUCGUUUGUGGGCACGCGCUCCUACAUGUCGCCGGAGCGUCUGCAGGGCACUCACUACUCGGUGCAGUCGGACAUCUGGAGCAUGGGCCUCUCAUUGGUGGAGAUGGCCAUUGGCCGCUACCCGAUCCCACCUCCCGAGGCCAAGGAGCUGGAGGGCAUCUUUGGCAAGGCGGUGACCGAGGGCGCCGAGGCGAUGCAGAACAACACGUCGCCUCGGCCAAGGCCGCCGGGACGCCCCGGCAGUGCGUACAACAUGGAUGCACGGCCUCCCAUGGCAAUCUUCGAACUGCUGGAUUACAUCGUGAAUGAGCCACCACCUAAGCUGCCUUGCACCGUCUUCACGCAGGACUUCCAGGACUUCGUAAAUAAAUGCUUGAUAAAGAACCCGGCAGAGAGAGCUGACCUGAAGUAUCUGAUGACGCACGCAUUCAUCAAGCGCUCCGAGGCCGAGGAAGUGGAUUUUGCCGGAUGGCUGUGCAAAACCAUGAGCCUCAACCAGCCAAGCACCCCUACGCACACCAGCGCUUGAUCCGACGAUGCAAGCACACGCGCACACACACACGCACCCGCACACUUGUGCAUGCGCCCUCACCGCGGUCAAAAAAUCUCUUCGCUGCAACACUGCCUAACUCCCCGGGACGCCGUUCGUUGUUGGGCUGCUUAAGCCACACGCAAAGUCGUAAUCUGACUCAAAAGUGAUCAUCGUUACAUUUUUUCCAGUCUGGUUUCUGUCGCGUGGUUUGCGUGCGGUAUAAAAUUUGGUGCACACAAACACAACAGCACUUGCCCCCAACAGUACGUGUGGCUGCACAGAACCAUUGUCUCUUGUGUAUGGUAUGGGGAGGAGUGGUGUCACAGUGGUUUGCACACCGCGCCACGGAGCCCGCGACUCGAGUUUGAUUCUCAGCCAGUUUAUCUUCUCCUACGGACAUCAAACCGGGAGCGGUCGAGGGGUGUGGGAAAUCGGUCUCGGUACACAAACAUGGGGCCCAUAACAGACACGUGCGUGCAUGUGCACAGAUGUGCGUUAUAUCUGCAAGGGGAGCGGUAGUGUUGUGGUUAGCACACUGCGCAUCAAACCCGGUGACCUGGAUUUGAUUUGCGGCCACGGAUAGCAUCGGUGGCGUACGUCGGAACUCGGGCGGCCGGGCGUGGAUCUAGCCCACACCUCAUGCGCCAUUCUCAGCCUUAAUUAGGCGCUCGCUAGCAACACUUGCUCCAACGAUCUGUCACGCGAUCUUUGUCCAUCUGUCAGGCUACACGAGCGAUCUUUGUCUUUGUGCGCGGCUCUCGCAUGUUUAUUUGGCGUCGACGAUCACGGCGCUGACACUGCUGAUGCAACUUGCCGAGGCGACUUAUGUCGCUCACUUGCGGAGGAGUGGUCGAUCCGACUUCCCACUCCCAACCCUGUCCCCCUCCCCCACCUCCCUCUACAUCACUGGGCGGGUGCAGUUGAUAUCCGCGGAAGUUCCGUUCCUUUGGCAGGCUUACCAAAGCGGUCACCGUCUCUCACGAUCCUGCCAUGUGCUGGGUGGAUUAUUCCGUCGCAGGAUCGUGGGCGAUGGCGACUGCCUGUGGAGGCCUCCAUCCAGCAGUGGGAUGGAUGAUGGCUGACGAUGAUGAUAAAGACGACAGGUCCCAGCCCAUAGAACGCACCAAAGUGGUGUAGCUUAACCAGGUGGUGCUCGUUUUACUCAUCCUGCAGGGAUGACGAUUGUGAUGAUGGGCCUUAGUUAUCUGGUUUUGGGGUUUGAACUCAUGAUAUCAGGACUGCUGACCCUGCUCGUUGAAAAGAAUACAUUGCGCACAUUACAUCGGACAGCCGUCGUGCAAUGAAUUAGGGUGCGACGUUGCGUAUGGGGACUUGGGUGGUAGUCGUAGCCGCCAAGGCAUCGACAUUCAACGGGUCACCCCCUCCACCACUCCGAGCUCAGCACAGAUAGAUUCGGUCCAUUGCUGUGCUGCCACUUUGCAGCCCCAUAUAUUAUUACGUGCUCAUCUAUUUAUGGGAGACCCCAGAAAAAUGCAAAUUUGGAGAAAACAUUUCAUUUCGAAGCCCCUACCAACGUCGAUAUAAUACCAUCGUUAAUGUAACAUUGAUGAGCCAUUGCUUUCACAAAAUCCAAUCGGCUGUUGAGAAGAGGGUAAUUCGAAAUCGGCGAGGUGUCCAUAAGCUCAUAAGCUGAUCUCUUUUCCUAGCAUCUGAAAUAUCCAAAGGCCGUGUCCGUGUGAAUUUUCAGAUGAUCGGAAAUCGCUCGCCAACCCCCCCUCCCCCCCCCCCCCCCCCCGCAACUGCUGCCGCCGAAACGACGUCUGCGGCUUUUCCCAACACGCGCCGCCGUAGUUGUGACGUCGUCGGCGUCAAGACGCACAACUAACGCGAUGUAGAUUAUCGGGAAUUGUCCUUGACGAUCCAGAUUGCGUUGUUAUCCCUCUCCCCCGAAAGCUGCAGCAGAGACACGGGGUGGGUGGAGGGAGAGAGGAGCGCCCGCAGAUCUAGACACGGCCAUUGUAACACGGAGGGAGCCAACAUUGAGGCGCGCGACUGUGAGAUGUGAAAAUUAAAUUCCUACCAGGUGCCAUAAAUAACGACGAGGAGAGGACUAACAUCACCGCGCGCCGAAUGUAAUCCGCGCAGAAUAUUAUAUACUGUAGACUUGUAAUUAUAUUGAAGGCAUGCGAGAAAUCCAGAUAAUUUCAUGUUAAAAAGGAUAGAUGUAUAGUAUUAUAAUGUCAGUUGGUCGAUAUUCUUUAUUUAACCAGGCAAGAACUAAUUGAAAUUCAUUGCUCCCUAUUUUUUUUGCAAAAAAAAAGACCCUGGGGAAUUGAUAAUUGCCGGGGAGGAACAUUUAUUAUAGAUGUAGUAAAUCUACUAUGGGCAAAGCAAGCAGAAUUGAACGUCUGUGUGUCGUGCUUUUUUCCAUCCCCCCGCUUGAACUUUGUUGAGGAUUUUGGUUGUUUAUGUAACGUAAUGUGAGCCUGUUGUAAACCGACUUUGUAGAUCGCGUGGAUUGCCGCAUCGGUUUUGCAUUAACAUGGAAAUUUGACGUUUACCGUACCAUGAUGCUUUGCUGCGACAAGGUUGGUUGCUUCCGGAUUGGAAGAGCUUUACACACUCCCAAAACCUGUGCCGACAGUUAUGCAAAUCACGCACGCACCUCUAACCGGCUCUCAAGACCCACCUCCCAACUUUUGCUUUUAAAUAUUGGGGGAACAAGUGCAUGGUUCGAGAGAAAUAAUAUGGUGAUACAAGCUCAUGAUAUGGGGUUAGCAGAAUUAAACAAACUGAUGGAACAGGAUUCUUUUGGACCAAUACGGGAUUCCAUCGGACCAAUAAUAUGAGAGUUAACAUUCUGACAAGUUUUACAAAGAAAGUUGUUAACUCUUACUGAACAAAAUUUCGAAACGCGAGUUGGAUCCUGCCUCGAAAACAAAGUGUCAAUGUAGUAUGCGUGGCUCUUGAAUUCAGUUACAAAUGGUGGAGAACACUAGUCUUGAUGUGGUUCCGACGAUGUCAUGUGCACAGGGAAAAAAAUCUGCAUGGAAAGUUUUUUUUAAAUGCAACAAUCUCCAUUCCACAAUGUAUGUAGAACUUAUUUUGCACCGUACCCAGCCAACCGUGCUAAAUCGGAGGUGCGGGGGAAGGACAACAAACUAAACACAAACGACAGUUCUCAAGAAAUUAGUUCAAUUCACAUUUUGAAGUGCAUAGCUUAACUAGUGUGAUAACUUUUCAAAAGCACGCAAGCGCUCAAUGGGAGAGUGGGGCAUGCAGAGCCGACUGAGACUUGGUUUGUUUAUACAUUUCGCGCAGAUGGGUUCUUGAACACAUUUUGACUGCUCUGCUUUGUUUUUUUUGCAGACCCCAGUGCGUGUUCUUUUUUUCUACGCGACCCGAGAACAAUUAUUUUCUCCCAAAAACACUGCACUGCAGCCUAUCCCCCCCACCCCCACCAAAAAAAAGAAAGAAAGAGGACAUUGCGAUGGAAAGUUAUCAAAUGGUCACGUCACACGGUGGCCCGUGACGCGAAUUUUUUUUCUGUUUUAGAAGGGGUUGUUGAUAUCCCAUUUAAAAACAAGCUUUCAGAUUUGGAGGUACUUUGGAGGAAUAAUUCGCCCCAUAUGAUCUAUCGCAUUCUUCAGAUUAUCUAAAUAAAAAAAGCUCUGGAAAAGUUAAGACGUACCCCAAAAGAAAAACGUGUGGUCCUGCAUAAGUAAGAGUUCUACAGAUCCGGUCACCCGCACGCACUCCUACCUGAUUAUAACAGAGCUGUUAAACCCUUAUCAGUGGUGACCUUAUGACAGAUCAAUUGAGACCUUAUUGGUCACCCCGUGUCCUUAUAAAUCUCAACGUUCAUCCUAUAAAGUGCCAUCACAAUGGAGAGACAGAUAAUGUUUAGUUGUUGCCCGUAAUGACACGGCUGUACACUGCAUGGACCUGAGAAUGCAAUGCCCCUGUACAAGAAUACGGGUAAACCGUAUAGGUUGACAGGUAUUUUAUAAAGAUUUCACCUCCAAACUUUUGCUUUGAAAUACAGUACAGAUGAGGAACCUGCUCAUGAGCUGGAGAACACGGUAAUAU